GAAUCCGAAUAAAGUAAUAAAUGAACCGAUUGAACUUAGAUCGCUAAAUCGUUUUUUUAAUCGUUGUUGAUCAACACCAAAUUACUCAUUUCGAACCUUCCAUCCCACCCUUAAUCAAUUUCAUCUUCUUCAAUUACGUAUAUACACACAAAAAAAACACACACACACACAGAGUGAAUUAGGGAAAAUUUCUAAUUAUAAAAUUAGGGUUUCGAUUACUCUCGAAAUCACAAAUUGAAUGAUGAACAAGAAAAACACAUCAUACUGCUGCGCGCUAUGUGACAACUCUAACGUUCCUUCUAUUUGCUCUACAUGCGUUAACUACAGAUUGAAUGAGAAUUACACUAAUUUGAAAGCUCUCAAGGCUCGGCGUGAUCAAUUGUAUUCCAGAUUGACUCAAUUGCUCGUCGCCAAGGGGAAGGCAGAUGAUCAGCACAGCUGGAGAGUCCAUCAACAUGAAAAGCUUGCAACACUCAGACAGAAGCUCCAUCACCGUAAAGAGCAAUUACUGCAAGGUAAGUCCAAUGUUAAGAAGAUGACAUAUGAUAUAAAAGUGAAAUAUGAGGUGCUCGAAUCGGCCAUGAGUAUGUUGGAAAAAAAUCGCAAGGAACAACUGGAGAAGUAUUAUCCCAAUCUUAUCUGCACUCAGAGUUUGGGGCUUAUGGCAAUUUCUUCCGAGCGUCUGCAUAAGCAGUCUGUGGUUGUGAAACAGAUUUGCAAGCUAUUUCCUCAACGAAGGGUGCUUGAAGGAGAGAGAAAAGACGGGGUUAGUGGUCAGUGUGAUCAAAUUUGCAAUGCACACUUGCCAAGGGGCCUUGACCCCCAUUCAGUCCGAUCUGAUGACCUUGCCGCCUCUUUAGGAUAUAUGGUUCAAGUUCUUAAUCUUGUCAUUCACAAUGUUGGGGCUCCAGCACUUCACAACUCUGGUUUCGCAGGUUCAAGCUCUAGGAUAUGGCAACGAGAUUCAUAUUGGAAUGCUCGCCCAUCUUCCAGGAGCAAUGAGUAUCCAUUAUUUAUACCGCGCCAAAACUUUUGUUCUACUGGUGGGGAAACUUCGUGGUCAGACAGAAGCUCAAGUAAUUUCGGUGUAGCUUCAAUGGAGUCUGAGCAGAGGCCUAAUCUAGAUUCCCCCGGUAGAAAUAGCUUCAAUUAUUCUUCUGCCUCGCCUCAUUCAGUUGAAUCCCACAUGGAUUUACAGAAAGGAAUCUCACUACUCAAGAAGAGUGUGGCAUGUGUAACAGCAUAUUGUUAUAAUACAUUGUCUCUAGAAGUUCCUGCAGAGGCAUCAACUUUUGAAGCAUUUGCGAAGUUGUUAGCUACACUUUCUUCUUCCAAGGAAGUUAGAUCAGCUUUUUCCAUGAAAAUGGCUGGGUCAAGGUCUCACAAGCAAGUCCAGCAACUGAACAAGUCUGUAUGGAAUGUCAAUUCCCCUAUUUCAUCAAGCACUUUAUUGGACAGCACAUAUAUAUUGCCGAGAUCGAAAAACAUGUUUGAUAAAACUUCUCCCAGUUCCGCCAACAGUUUCCUUUACUCAGCUGCUUUGUCUGAUAGUGGAAAGGGUGAGAACCUUAUUGAAGGGUGGGAUCUAGUGGAACAUCCAACUUUUCCUCCUCCUCCAUCAGAAAUAGAGGAUGUCGAGCACUGGACUCGAGCCAUGAUUAUUGAUGCAACAAAGUACAAAAAGUGAUUCGUGGUUUAGCAUUAUAGUCCAUUACUGGUGGCGGUUCAAGGUGCUUCUGUCAAUAUGCAGAGAUGGAAAUUGAGAUCGUGCUCAGGUAUACUAUGUAAAUAUAAACUAGAGGGCACAUAUUUAAACAUGUAAACAUUCAAUAGAUUAGAUUAGAUUCAUGUACUUUUACUUUUGGAGGUGUAGUCAUAUAGUCCAUUACAGGCAUGUAAAGGAGUUGGUUUAUAUAUUCUCAAGUUUGUGUAUAUUUUGUAUAGAAAGAGAAGAUGAGAAUUGUCAGAGUUGAGAUUAUAACGUCAGUUGUUUA